AUGAGGUGCAUUGCUCACAUUCUUAACUUGGUGGUACAGGAUGGGUUGAAAGAAUGUGACAGUUCUGUUAAGAAAGUCAGGGAUGCUGUUAGGUAUGUGAGGAGCUCACCUGCUAGGUUGCAGAAGUUUAAAUCACUAGCUGAUCUAAUUGGGAUGGAAGCUAAGAAUUCUCUGUGUCUAGAUGUCCCUACAAGGUGGAAUUCCACAUAUAUGAUGCUUAAUACUGCAUUAUUGUUUCAGAAGGUAUUUGAAGCCUAUGAUGAUCAUGACAGUUCAUUUAAAUCUGAUUUGGGUGGAAGUGUACCUGAUUUCUUAGAUUGGGAAUCCAUUCAAUCUUUGGUUAUGAUUCUGAAAUCUUUUUAUGAAAUGACUGUUAGGAUUUCUGGAUCAUUGUAUGUGACUUCUAAUACCUUCUUCUCUGAGAUUUCCGAUUUGUCUUGCUUGUUGAAAAAUAUGGAGGAAGCUACAGAAGAUAGUGUUAAACUGAUGGGUAAAAAUAUGAGGGCAAAAUUUGAUAAGUAUUGGGACCCCAGGGACAAAAUUGAGUAUAUGCCCAUUCAGUUUAACCAGUUAUAUGGUGAGGAAAAGGGUAAAACAAUGUUUGAUAAGGUGAUUGUUGGCCUUAAGGAGUUGUUUGAAGAUUAUGUUGCAUGCUUCCCUGUCCAGUCUGUUGAACAAUCUGAAAAAUUUUCUCCAUCAAUAACAAUAUCUGAUUCUGUUUCUGUUGGGAGACCUCAAUCAUUACUGAAAUCUCAGAUUAAGAAGCAAAAAUUGGUGAGUGGGGAUUUGUCUAGGAAAAAAACUGAGUUGGAAGUGUAUCUCUCUGAGGUUAUUGUGGAUGAGGAUGAUUCAUUUGACCUUCUAAGAUGGUGGAAGCAAUAA